UUUAGAAAAAAUAUUUGGCUUCCUCUAAAUUCAUAGAAAUAAAUAAAAUUCUUAGUUUUAUUAAUUGUCCCUAAACCACCUGCAAAAAUGUUUCCAUCAAAUAAAAAAAUUAUAGCAGUUAAAGAAGAGGCCUUGCCACCUAAACAGAAUGUACAUCAAUUAUUAGGGGAAACAGUUAUUGAAACCUACCAAGAUUUUCGCACAACCAUUGAGAGUCAAAAUAUUAGUGUUUGCAAAAUUUUACCAAAUGGUCAACGUAUUGAAGUAGAUUCAAAUCAAGUCCCUACCCAAGGGAAUAUUGUAAAUCUUGGCAAUACAACCGUAACUCCACAAUAUGUCAUUAAUCAAAAUAUAAUUCCCACUGCAAACUGUCUUGUACCAAACGAACAACCCUUACUACCCAGAAAGCCAACGCUACAAGAGUUGCUUUCUAUUGAAAAUCGUUUACCAAGACCAUCACCUCCAUUUCCAUUGACAUAUUCAGUAGGAACGUCAACACAUUAACUAUCUUAAUGGACAUGUGUGUUGUUGUAGUGCUUAAGUUUAAUAAAAGUGGAUCAAUUAAAGUGAGACAUGAACAAAUAAUUCACAUGAAGAUAAUAAGGACAAUUGUACGAUUUGAACUGUAUUCACUGCAUUUUGUUAAUCCAUUUCACGCUCUCUGGUUCUCAGUUUGAAUAUAUUUAAAGCAAUUUUGGCCAUAAAAUUUCAUGUAAUAAAAAAUAAUUCAUUUAAAUAAAA